UGUAUGGCCACGCUCAUGCAUGUGCAAGAAGAAGCAGUUGGCUGAGUCCAGUUAUUCUUGUUUGCUGUCGGUUCGGACCGAAAAAGUAAUUUCGUGUAUUUCCUUUGAUAUUUUGUGAACAAAAUGAAUAACUCGUUGCAAAUUGGAGAUUAUAUUUAUAAUUUCGAUAACGUUGAAUCAGAAGAAGUGUGUGAAAAUUUAGAAGGAGUGGUUGUUGCUACCACACCAGUUGUUGACAAUGACGAUGAGGAGAAGAUGGUCGAGCUGCUAAAAGAAUUCGAAAUGGAGAAUGUUUUGCCAUUCCUAAAAGCUUCGCAGAUAACUUUUAGAAGCCUUAAAUUUCUUAGAGGUGCUGACCUAAAGGAAGCCAUUCCGCCGCUGGGUCUACGUGUUGAGUUUAGAGAGAAAUUAUUCAUGUGGAAGAAGAAAGAGUUCGGAAUAGAUGAUGAAACCAUGUCAAUGCCAAGCAAAGUAACUGAAUGGUUACAAAAAAACAACUUUAUGCCAUCAAGUCAGUCAUCUUCUUCGCCCCACUGUCUCAGUAAAGAUUUACCGAGUUUACUUCAACAAACGUGCAAGGGGAAACUAAUCUUGGAAUCCUACAAAAAGAACCAACAUUUGACUAACGGGAACCGGGACGACCUCAUAAGCAUUGUCAUUGACGAAGUUAUUGCAAAUGACAUUAUACUAAGAGGGAAUGAUUUUGUGAAUUUGCUAGAGCAGAUAAUAAAUCUCUUUCCAAACGAAAAGGGUGCCCGGGAAUACUAUUAUAUUCCGCGCAAGGGUAAAAAAUGCCCUAGUGGAAAGCUGUACGGGAAAUACGUCAAUCAACGCAGUAAGAAAAGGAAGACAAUAUACCUUGAACAAAACACACCAUCACCUGCUAGUACUAAGACUAAUCCUUCCACGAAAAAUUACGAAGUUCUUGAAAUUGAUUUUACGAUAUGUAGAGCAUUAAAAGCAUCUCUCAGCAGAAGCAUUGCCGAUUGGAAUGAAGUCAGAGAUAAAUGGCAAAAGACAUUUAAUUUGCGACAGAAUGACUUAAAGGAACUGACCAACAUUGAUUUUCUCCAAGCCUGGCCCAAAUAUUCUGAUUCGCGGGCUCCUGACUUGAUAAAACUUGACUUCAAUAUCAUGUACCCUGACAAGGAGGAUUGUUUGUAUUCGAAAUGGGAAAUGUUUACGGAAAAGAUUCAACGAUUUUAUGAAACUAAUCUACACAACGAUUUCUGCAAACAGCUCUUUUCUCUUGCUAAAGCUUCAACGAACAAAGAAUAA